UGUCUUGCGUUGGAAUCUGGUUGUGGCCGAUCUGACAUCCCAGACCGGACCAACAGGUUUCGGUGACGCCCAGGAGCAAAAACAGUCUGGUAUAAAUUAAACGUAAGGAAUGCAGACCUUCAGAAACAACUAAGAGCACGAGAGACGAACAUACUACUCUCGAAUUAAUCCUCAUAAACCAGCAAAAUGCAGAUGUCCGAGCCCCUCAGCCAGAAGAACGCGCUGUUCACGGCAAUGAACCGCUUCAUCGGCGCCGUCAACAACAUGGAUCAGACGGUCAUGGUCCCGAGUCUGCUGAGAGAUGUGCCGCUGGACCAAGAGAAAGAGCAGCAGAAGCUAACCAACGACCCGGGUACCUAUCUGCUGGAUGCCGAGGCCGACAUGUACAGCUAUUACAGCCAGCUCAAGUCCAUCCGGAACAACGUCGAGUGGGGCGUCAUGCGCGCAGAGGAGCAGAGGCGCAAGAAAGACACGACAGCGCCGGAGCCAGUGCGCACAGAGCCGGAGAGCGACAUCGACCUGGAGCAGCUCCUGCAGUACCAUCUGAGGGGCUUGCAUGGAGUGCUGUCCCAACUUACAAGCCAAGCCAACAACCUGACCAACCGAUACAAGCAGGAGAUUGGCAUCGCUGGCUGGGGACAAUGAACUGCAUCAUGAUCUAUUGGGAGAUGAAGAAGUAUUCUGAUCUAAUAUGAUCUAUUUUGCCUAUGUGGAAGAGCCUACCAAAGGGACUGACCAAACAGAAGUUAAACUGUCAAAAGUUCAAAUGUAAGGCAAACCGAUAGGAGAAAGUGGGUUUGUUGUAGUAUUGGUUUUGGUGUUGAUCACUGAUGUAUUGUAAGGACUGCUUCUUGUCUUAUGGCAUUUUAUUUGCACUGGCAGUUUUCCCUUUUUUAAAAGAACAAAAUCUCCGUUCAAAUGGCUGGUUGCCAUGCCUUAUCUUGAUAUUUAAAUCUAUUUAUGUGUUAUGUAUAAUUGAAAGCUUUUAUUUUUUCCAUUCUUUUUCAUUUUUUGAGAGGAAGGUUGUUGUCCUAUGAAGUUGCUGUGUGUUCCAGAGGACUGAUGACUUGAAGAACUGAUCGUUUGUAUAGUGAGAACUCCUAUUGAUGAAGCAGAAACCCUGCAGAAAAUCAAUGGGAAUGUUCCCUGCUAAUGGCCUGAAACUAUCCCUGAAUUAUCCUGUGAGUCAAUGAUGUGGAUGGCUCUGAAAAUCACUGUGUGUGUCAUGAUGAGCUCCAUGAGAUUCUGUGUUAAAUUGUGCCUAAAGGCCAGUAUGAUUGUUAAAAAACAUUUGCUGCAUUUUGUACUGAAUUAUUUUUUUUUACUACAAAAUAAACUUUUGUAAUUUAAAAA